AUGGCCCCAUCCCCAGCAUCGGCACCAUCAACACCUCCUCCGGCUGCGAAUCCCGAAGAGCAUCAAUACUGGACAGACCCCAUUCUCUGCGAAGAAACGCGAGCCAGGCUCGAAUAUUACCGAAGCCUAGGAUGGCUUCCUCCCAAUCACAAACCAAAAACCCUGGAGGGAAUCGCCGUGGUUGAGCGGUACUGGCGAAAGUACUGUCUCCAAUCAAAAGAGGAAUAUGAGAAGUAUCUUCUCUCCGAGGACCAGGCAAUCUACAUGAAUUUUUUCGAUUGGAUGCACAAGACGUCCCGUGAGAAGCGUCUCCAAUCCUACGAUGAAUACUGGCGGCGCCUCAAGCAGUAUUUCAGCCUGUUCGCCAGACGUCGUAUGGACCCGGAAGUCCAAGAACAGAUGCGACGCUUUAUCAACCAAAGAUUCCCCGCCGAACACUCCAUCUCUCGACGGAUGAAGGAAAAGCAUACACUAUCCGUGGACGCCUUCUGUAUUCUGUACCGCCACCAUUGGAUUCAUUCAAGAUUUUUUCGUCAUGGGAGCAUGCUAAUACAAUUCGCUACGAUCCAACUAUGGUCGUCCAUUACUGGAACACGGCCCGGUGUGCUUCUCCCGCAGAGGACCUAUCUACCCGACAGUAUGACCGUGCGCAAACGAAAAGGAGGCUUAACUUUCCAAAGUGACAUCCCCAAAUAUAUCUCGGCCACUGAUCUUCCCGAUUCGGUGUGUUAUCGAGAUAUUGAACUCUUCUAUCUUCGAGAUCCGACCGGCAACCGUGACGUUCUAUGUGCCAUCAUUGAGUUUCGUAACUUGAAAGGCCGACCUGAGGGUGCCGAUGGAACCAAGUUUUUCAUGCAUGGCGAUUAUCAACUCGCAUACUGCCCGAUCUUGCAAAUUAUCUCGUACGCAUUUCGUGACGGGGCCUUCGCCAAUACGACACUGACACCAGAGUUAAUUUGGCAACUCCAGGUGCCAGACUACCUGGCUUCCCUUCCCCUCCAUUGGAAACCGGAGGUCCUGGACACCCCUCUUCUGCGGCAUGUCCACUCCACAGAAUACGGCCUCGAACUUCACAAGUUCCUGCCGAUGGCGUAUGCCUCCAGCCGAGAAGCGCUGCAGGAGUUGGGUCGAGAUGCCAAGUUCGAGGAUGAUGUCGGCCACUACAAUUAUCGGCGUUGGACUGCCAACGAGGCAAACCGGAACUUCACGAGCCAGGAGCGGCAAAGGGUGCUCGGUCAAUCCGGUGACGGGGUCUUUGAAAGGCACUACCAAUCCCACUUUGUUCAACGCGAUCUUCAAAAUGUGGUGCUUCUCCGGCCACCCCAGGAACACCUCCUUCAGGCCGCGGGGAGCAUGCUCCGGAAGCGGGAUCUGUCCGCUCCCUCCUCCGUACUGACCGAAGAGCAGCGUCGCGCUGUUUGCCAGGACCCACGGAUUUUAGAGCUCAGGCGCGCAAAGCGAGAGGUAAUGGAGGAGAUGCGAUCUCUUGCUGGGACCAAGAAGAAAGCCGAGAAGCCUUUCCCGCAUCUCUACCAGAAGCAUGAAUCGCUUUGCAAGGAGCUUUCGCAGUUGAGGAAAACCUUAGCGAAGGACAUCAAGAACACCGCCAGAAAAGAGCACUUCCAUAAUGCGCCGAUCCUGGAAGUCGCCAGGCAGAUCAAGCGACUUCUCGGUGAGCUCGAUUCUGAAGAUAGUGACGUUGACAGGCCCGACAAGAGGGACUGGGAACUUCCUAUCCCCACCUACAUCUUCCCGGAACGGGAGCGGCUUGUUGAUUAUUUUUAUGGCCCAGAUGCAGAGAAUUACGAGCAUGAUCAGCUUCUUGCAAGACGGAUCCAGGCAACCAAAGAUAUGGUUAUGCUCAGUACCCUCUGUGAACCGAACCGUCGGGGCAAUCGAGUUAACUGGAAUUUCGACGAUCACGAGUCUGCGGAACCGGAAAAGCCAUGCGCUGUCGAAGAGGAAACUCUUGACUGCCCGACGGAUGUUUGCAUCAUCUGUUACGGUCUAUCCCGCUGUUCCGCGUCGAAUCCACCUCCACACCGAUUUCCUCCUAAGCGACAAGACUCUCUCCGGCGCCAUGUGAUCGAUUGUCACCUCGCCAAAGCGUACGAUGGGAUCAGUUGCACCUGGAAGAUAUGCCACGAGGUUCCGAAGUUCACCCACACCACAGAUUUCUUGGCCCAUGCCUUGUACGUGCACGCGUACGAUAUUAAUAUUCAGCGGCAACAUCUGCCUUCGUGGCAACUUGUUAGUGACUGUGAAGAUUCAUCCUUCGAUGAUUCAGAUUCCUCUUCUGGAUCCGAUCGCGAUUCUGGCGUAGACACCCCUGCUUCCUCUAUCACAUCUGAAACGACGAAUACCGAGCCUGACUUGGUCGAAUUUGGCUCUGUUCAUUCCACACAAUACCCAGUGCGCCGGUCAAAGAGAAUCAAAGUAUCUGUAUGA